GACUUUGUGGACGGGUAAAACUUAUACGCAUUUGGUGUAUAUAUCAAGUCAAUAUAUGUAUCCCAUGUGUUUGAAUUUAAAAUUUAUGUUACUUAAUCAUGAUUAAUCAAUACGUAUUUUACUUAAUUUAAUUAUAUAAUUAUGAUAAAAAAUAUUAAUUUAAUAUAUACACCGAAUGCUUGUAAAUUUUUAUUCUCCGGGUACCAUAAAAAAACCAACUUUCCAUUAUAACACAACUUUGACCAUCUUUAAUUUCCUUCCUUCUCUGCCUUUCUUCUCUUUUUCCCUGCCGUGCGGUGCAUUGCUGAAACCAAAAACUUAUUCAAUUCUAAAUCAAACACUUGGAGAAAUCCCAGUGAACUAUUGUCUCUUCUCGUUUUCUCUCUUUCUCCGCAAGGACGCCGAUCUGAUGUAAUAAAGCUUUCGAUAUAUAAUGGGUUUGGUGUAUUCUCUUUUUUUUUUUAGAAAAGUAAAAGAAAAAUCGAAAGAAAUCCAGAAUGCCAAGAGUAGUGGAGAAUUAUUUUACACCUCAAAUUACUUGAGAAAUUUAAUCUACACCAACAUACUUACUAUACAUACAAGUACCUACUUUAACUACUCCUUAACCACCCACUAAUUUCUUCUCUCUAUAUAAAAUAUUGAGACGCCAGUCAGUCAAUUAAUAUUCUUUUCGAUUAGUCAACUUUCUUGAAUACAUUUUACACCAGUUAUCAAUCAAUAUUCUUCUAUAAUAUCUUCUAAGUUUCUAUUCAACCCCACAGAAUUAUACUAUGUCAAGUAUGUUGAGUUCACAAGGCUUUGUAUUGGCGACAGCCAUGGCGGUCUCUGCCGGCACCGUGAUUUUAUUCGAUCUUUUCCGGGUCAAGUACUUCCCGUCGAUCCAUCUUUCCGAUCAACAAGACUACCCACAUGAUGAAAAGCAAAUUCUCAAGUCAUGUUUAUCUUCAGCUGGGAAGAACAAGGAGAGAGCAAGGAAGAAAAAGAAGAGAGUACAUUUUGCAGCUGAUGUGAAAAGUUCAAGCGGGAAUGGGGAGGAAUACAGAAGAAAACAGAUGAAGAAAUGUACAGAAAGCAAAAUUAAUUCAUGUGGGAAUGAGAUUAUGGGGAUGCCAGGUAAUAGGGUGGCUUUGUAUACUGGGAUUCUCAAGGAUCGGGUUCAAAGAAUGGGAUUCUCCUAUUGAUUAAUUUGUAUUUUCGUCUUCGUCUUCGUCUUCGUCUUCUUGCAAUGCAAAAUCCGAGGAAUUAGUGACAAGAAAUUUUACAGGUUUAGCUGGAACGUGUAAAUAAUAUUGUGUGAACAUAUUUUCUGGAAUCUAUAUUCAGUUCAUGAAA